AUGACCAACCUCGAAGUCUGUAUGGCUUUAUUAGAGGCAAUCGACCAGCAUCGGCUCGCGCCGGGAUGUAUGGCUGCAUGCUGUUCCGCACGCCCUGACUUCUGUGUCAUCGACGGAGAUGGUGACACGCUCGAUGCUGCUCUAUUCGACCACGAUGUUGAAUUGUCAAGCAGCCGGGCUCCAUGGACCGCGCAAGAAGUCCCGAUCGUCUUCAGGCAGUGCGGUGUCGACGACGAGUUCUGUUGCGAUAGGAAUAGGCACAUGGAGGACGACGAGGAGAAGCGGAAGGAGAUGCUCAGCCAGUACUUGAGGUAUGCCGCAGUCCUCUUCGACGUCCAGCAGCGUCUCUUCCUCGUCAUGAUCGCCGUCACGGGCCGCACGUUUCGCAUACUUCGCUGGGAUCGCUCCUGGGUUGUGAUGUCUGAGGCCGUCGACUACGCGACAUCCUGUGGUGUACAUCCCUCGCCCAUCGCUAUGUCCCUGAAAUGCUCGGGGCGGACCCUACUGCUGUUCGGCUGA